AUGUCCAAGCUAGCCAAUUCCGUGGCCGGAGCCGGUAUUGGCUUCUCUGCCAUUUUCAUCUGUGGGGCCCUCUACUUUGUUGGCAACUUGUACAACGAGAUCAAUGAAAUGCACACCGAGAGCAUCGCCGAGCUGAACGAGUUCCGUCAGAUCGCCAACGACGCCUGGAACAGCAUGAUGGACCGGAGAAAGCCUCAGUUUGAGAGCAUCUUCAGACAGAAGCGUCAAUACGAUGCCGCCGCUACUGGUGGCGGCGCUUCGGCUGGUGGUGCUGGACAGUGCAGUAAGUUUGUGACUUAGAUUUAGUAAAAGUUUUAAAAAUUCAAAAAUUUUUAAAAAUUUUAUUUUACAGACAUGUUAUACGAUGAAACAUGUUUGGUAUAACAUGUCAGUUAGUCGUACUAUAGUAAAAAUAAUUAAAAAAUAUAAUUAUAAAGGUCUGUAAGGUCUAAAGAAGCUAAUUUUUAAAUAUUUUUAAAAAGUGCCGUGUUAUACGAUGAAACAUGUUUGAUCGUAUAACAUGUCGCCUUAGUAAAACAUGUUAAAAUACGGAUUAAAACUAAAAAAAAUAUUACUUAAAGAAUCUAUUAAGCCUAAAUAUGCCAAUUUUUAUGUAUUUUUUAAAAGCGACAUGUUAUACGAUGAAACAUGUUUGAUCGUAUAACAUGUCGCCUUAGUAAAAAUUGUAAAAAUUAUGUUUAGAAAUGUCAUUUAAAGUAUUUACAAGUCACAAAAUGUAAAUUUUUUAAAAAAAUUUUUGGGGUUCUCUGAGAGAACACACCCACCACCUAUUUCAAGCACCCAUUUAUUCAAAUUUAUAAAUUUACAAAUUCCAUUGUAAAAUGAGUCCAGAAGCGAAGUUCGGUUGUUGUAACGCUUCGUUUGCCAUAGAAGAAGUUGGAUUCAUCGCACUCCUUCAAAAAGUGACAUGUUAUACGAUGAAAAAUGUUGAAACAUAAACAUUUUUCAUCGUAUAACAUGUCACCUUUAACGAAAAUUGUAAAAUACGUUAUACAUAUAAAGAGCAGUGUUAAAUUAAAACAUUUAAAACAAUAUUUUCUUUAGACUGCGCCCGCCAACCCAACAACUGCCCACCCGGACCACCAGGACCACCAGGCCAGCCAGGAGAGCCAGGUACCCCCGGAGAAGCCGGCAAGGACGGCCAAAAGGGCGGCGAAGGCUCGGCCCAAGCCGACGAAGGCUACGGACAAGCCGGCUCAUGCAUUCAAUGCCCAGCCGGACCACCCGGACCACCAGGACCAGACGGACCAGCCGGCCCAGCUGGUGCCGCUGGUGACGCAGGAGCUCCAGGCAAUCCAGGCAAAGACGGUCAAGCCGGACCACAAGGACCACCCGGUGAAGCCGGCCCAGACGGACAAGCCGGACCAGCCGGUGAAGCCGGAAAGCCGGGAGAAGGCGCUCAACAAGCUACACCCCUGCCCGGACCAAAGGGACCACCUGGCCCACCAGGACCAGCUGGCGAUGCGGGACCAGCCGGUGCCACGCCACCAGCCGGUCAACCCGGUCCACCCGGACCACCAGGACCAGCCGGAAAGAACGGUGAUGCUGGAAAGGCCGGAGAGUCUGGUGCUCCUGGUGCGGCUGGUAUUCCUGGCGCGGACGCUGCUUACUGCCCAUGCCCACCACGUACUGGCGAUGUCGCUGGUAAUGCUGCUGCUGCCGAGAAGGGCGGCUACAGAGUUAGAUUUGUUUAG